UUGACUUUUACUCUUUUUCUUAAAAAAACACAUUUUAAAGACCGUUUGAAAGGGUCUGUUUGUGUCCUUUCUGCUGCUGCUGCAAGAGGCUGAUGGCGAGCUUUCCGUUGGCUCAGGUCAACCUGAGCUGGACGGCACUUUUUACUCUGGCCCACUUCACAUACUUGCUGAUCGGAGCCACCAUCUUCCAGAUGCUGGAGAGAGAAGCCGAGAGCAACAACCGAAACCACUUCCAGCUGGAGAAGCUGCAUUUCUUGGCCAAUUACACCUGCCUGGAUGGACCUGCGCUGGAGAAAUUCGUUCAGGUGAUUUUAUAUGCCUGGGAAAAGGGGGUAAAUCCCUCAGGCAACUCCACAAACCCCAGUAACUGGGAUUUUAGCAGCUCCUUCUUUUUUGCAGGGACUGUGGUCACAACUAUUGGUUAUGGCAACCUCUCCCCAAGCACCGUGUCCGGUCAGGUGUUUUGUGUGUUUUAUGCGCUAUGUGGGAUUCCACUGAACCUGGCUUUCCUCAAACAGCUGGGCAAGUGGCUCACCAUCCACCUGGGCCGACUGGAAAGAGGAAUGGUGGCGGUUGUUCCCCACAAGAGGGCAGUUGAAGCUUUGGCAGUGAGUUUAUUCUUCAUCACUGGCAGCCUGCUUUUUCUAGUCAUCCCUCCUCUGCUGUUCAGUUACGUGGAGGGUUGGUCGUUUGGCGAGGGCUUCUACUUUUCCUUCAUUACCCUCAGCACCAUUGGGUUUGGAGAUUAUGUUGUGGGGACCGACCCAGAGAAGGAGUACAUCUCUCUUUAUCGCAGCCUGGCAGGCGUCUGGAUCAUCUUUGCGCUGGCUUGGCUCGCUGUUAUCCUCAAUAUGGGAGCCAGAGUCAUGGAAAAUGUGGUUGUUCUGACUCAGCCGGGCUUUAAGAGACAAGAGGAGGAUGACAAAGUGUCCGCCAGUAAACUGGAGGUCACAUCAAAGAUCUGACAACUGACUCCAAAUCGUUUGCGAAUAAUACUGACUCGCUGCUAUAAACUGUAUUUUGUGUGAUAGUUUUUUUGUGAUAUCUUACAGUAGAAAAGCCUAUGAAAUGUAGCAGCUCAUCAUUUGUUAGCUAAAAUGCUAUGCACAUAUUUGUUCUGUGAUGCUUUGUUUUUGGUUCUACCUCAGACAAGCCAGAGUCUCGGUGAGAAAACAUAAUCGAUCUGUUGUUUUUUCCACUCUGACAGCUGUUCUACCAAACGGCUGCUAUGGAUCAGUGUUUACUUCUGUAUGUGCUCUUCUGAUUCGCACCCGUAUGAUUAGAUGUUCAAACAGGAAGCUACAGGUUGAGCUAUUGUUUCUUUUACAUCCUGCCACACUUGUGUAUUUUGUGUUUUCUGUGCUUGUGUGCUAAUGGGAAACUCCAGUGAACUGACCACAGAGGGCUAUCUUAAACAAACACAUCCAUCAAGAUGGUGAUGUGAGCUGGAAAAAGAGGAGGAUAGCUUAAAAGGGCAAAAACUGUGGCACCGUAUGAGGGUUAAAAUUAGUGCUGUACCAAACACUUAUUUUCUAAUCAAUUAAUCUAACAAUUAUUUUUUCGAUUAAUCGAUUAUUCUAACAACAAAUCUAAAAGUUAUUCUGAUGUGAGUGCACUG